UGUCUUCCUGAAGAAAGAAGUUGUUUCUGGGGCCUUAAUUUAGUCAGAUGAGCGGAGUCUUCUUUGGAGGAAAAGCAGACCUACUGUUCCUGGAAUGUGUUCCCUCAUCUUUACAGGCAUCGCCCUGCUGUGCGUCCUUGUACCUCCGCAAGUGACGUCGGUACCGUUUCCUUCAGGUGUAGCGCGGACCGAAUGCAGAGGCCGCUACUUUUGGAUAUGGAUGAACAAGGCCGCCUUGGGACAGAACACCUGGAGCUACAGUGUCCUCAAUGAGCUUGGCCAGCGAAUUCGAGUGACAGAGCAGAUCGCCACCCAGUGCGGCUUCACCACGACCACCGAUUUGUAUGGCAAUCCGGAGAUCCGAGUGUCUUUCCUUGCUUGUUCAGUUCGUAACCUGUUCGAUCAGGAUUUCAGCCUCCAACUCCAAGUGGAAGUAACUCGCCCGGAUAGCUUGACAGCUGUUUACGAUGUCUCUAUGGACUGCCCUCUUGGUACCCCCUGGAGCCCUCGAGAAAUUGUCUGCGAGGAAAAUUACAUGGAGGUGUCCGUCCGACGUGCCGUUCCAGGAAUAGCAAGUGAGGUGCUAAAUGAAGAUUGGACCGCAGUGUGGCCAGUGGCCCAAGGAGCCAUGAACCAGGUGUGGCAAGUGGUUUUCCGCUUCCAGAAUGGCUCCCUGGAGAGUAUGAUGGCCACCCAAGCCCACGCCCUGGGCUACGGAGUCAACACCACUGCCACCCGUGUCCUCUUUCGCACCCCGUACAGCACUCAGCAGACUGAGGUCGUCAUGGUGCAAGGCUUAGAAGUGGAGGUGGCGCGAGCCACGGUCUUCUACAAACAGGCCUGGAUGAUCCUCAUGGUGGACACCGCGGUUGCCUGUCCUAUCAACCCAGCAGUUUUUACCACCACCACCCUCAGCUGGGUUGUCCCACGGAUCAUGCCCUCUCUGGUAGGCUUCCCACAUCUGUAUAAAGAUGAAGCCAUUGAGAUGGGCUUGGACGGGCUCCUGAUUGACAGGGCCACUGCUGUGAGGAAUGGAUACACGUUCCAAACCAAUGGCGUUGACUUCAUCAGCAUCACAGUGCCCAUCGGGGCGGCUGGGGGUCUCACAGAGAGUGACGUGAUCAACAACUACUAUGGCACAACGUACAGCAUCAAGCUUCUGUUGGACCGCAGGUGGCAAGGAGACGAGAGCGACCGCACUCGCCAUCGCAGCCUAAAACCCUUCCGCACACCCUUUGCUCCCCAGACGCUGGUGUUGAUCAACAACACCAUCCCAGAGAGAGGCUACUUUGACAUCAGCCUGGGCAACUUCCUUCCUGAUGUGGAACUGGUUGCCAUUGGCAUUGGCGGGAAGCCCUUAAGCCCGGAAGAGCUCAAGAGACGUGGCUUUCGCCUGGAGGAAGUUCCCAACCCCAACAACACCAGGGUCCUCAUUCUGCAGGUGCCUUUUGCUGACCCUCUGGUGGAACAGGAGUAUCUGUAUGCCAACAUCAGGAAGUACACCCUGCACCUCAAUUACACCCUGAAUCUGGUCCAAAAGGACAAGCCGUUCACCCAUCUUGCAGUCAUUGAGUGUGAUGUCCCAGAUGUUGUUCUACCAACCUUUGAAGGCUUCUGUGAUACAGGAAGGAUUGGUUUAGUGAUGAUCCGUGGGAAUCUGGACCGCUACUGGGUCCCCUACGUGGGCAACGUACGGCUGACAAACGAAUUCGUUGUCUCGCAGAACUACACCGUUCAGGACGAUGGCCACUAUUUCUACCUGUUCAUACCACUCUUGGCAGUUGGCUUGUCCUAUCAGGAUAUCUCUCUUCAAGGAGUGACGGCCCAGCUUGAUUUUAACUUGAGGGAUAACAAGACGCAGGCAAUCACGGUAGCAUUCCCUGUUGCCUGCAUCUUCCCCACUGGAAAACUGCUCGUGUGCUUUCCCAACGGAACCAUGACAGCCACAGUUCUCAGCCUGGACACCAAACCGAAUUUGGACCCCAGGAAAACUCACCUACGGGACCAGAACUGUGGUCCGGUCGCAGCCGAUGAAAGCCGAGCACUCUUCUCUUUUCCAGUAACUACGUGUGGUACCACGAGGAGGUUUGAAGGUGACUACAUGGUGUAUGAAAACGAAGUCUUCUUCAGAAGAGAGAUGGUUCCAGAAGCGAAUCCAGUCAUUACUAGAGACUCCCAGUAUAGGCUGUCUCUGCGCUGCCGUUAUCCGCUCAAUGAGACGCUCCGAGUAUGGGCCCGGAGACUGUUGGGGGAAAGGGGUACUCCUGCGCCCUAUGCCCUUGGUCUCGGAGCAUACCAGCAAAAGAGAUCUAUAGAUCAUCCGGUCAUUUCUCAGACGGUGGGGAACGCUCCAGGAGGAGCAACUCAGAAAAGUUGGCUCUGGUUUCCAGCCGCUGCCAUGGCACUCUCUCUGGCAUCUGCAGCAUUAGCCGUACAUCUACCUGUCAGAAUACCUGGCUGUCACAAGCAUUAAAAAAAAACAAUACAAAACAAACUUUGAAACA